AUGGGCUUGGAACGCCUGAGUCCGGAACUUGUGUCCCUCAUCCUACAAAAUGCCGAAUCGCCACGCGCCCUCCAUGAUAUGAUCUCAGCAUCAUCAAUAUUCCUGAGGGUUUUCUCUGAAACACCUCAUCUUAUCCUUUCAUCCGUGGUACAAAAUGCGCUGCCGGACGACAACUUGACACAUUUCCUUGCUGCCCGGCAAACUCCAUUACCAGCAACUAGAAAUACGGUCUCUGAGUUCCUAGAUAAAUACUUCGAUCCCGCCUAUUCGUUCGAUUUCCCUACCAAGAAAGAAGAUCUAGUAUUGCUUUGCCAGCUUUAUAACCGCGUGACAUUCUUAAUUUCCUGUUACGCAGAGUAUAUGCAACGGCUUGGUUUGGCUGAAUCGAUUCUUGUUCCCUCCUCAACUGAACGUAUACGACUUCAAAGGGCGUUCCUGCGAUUCGAAAUCUACUCUCGCGUCUUCCUAUCUGAAAAUAAUUCUUUCUAUGAGAAUCUCUUACCAAACGAUCAGUUUUAUUCUGCUGAGCAGUUUGAUCUCUUCUUGACUUGUCUCUCACCCUGGGAAGUUGAAGAGAUGGCUUGUGUCGAGUUGUACUUCACUCUUAUGAUACGAGAUUACAUUGACGAGCUUGAGAAUCAGUUCAUCUGUGCUGCUAGUAUGUAUGCAGACUCUUUAUCUGCUAAAUCAGAAACAGAAACAGAGGCAGACAGCCUUGUCGGGUUUGCAGCGCUGGAACAAACUAGUCUUGCUUUGUUCUCGAAACAAGGCAGAUACCAUUCUCUAGAUAAUAUCAGCUACAUGACCUCUCUCGGUGUUGACUUUAUCUACAAUCUCUGUUCUCCUGGGCAAGGACGAUCCGAGUUGAUUCGUUCAAAUUGCAUAUACACCCGCGAGUUCCUGCCAGCAGCGUUGAGGCAUUCUCCAACAUGGCCUCCAGAUCACCAAUAUGAGGCAAUCCCGAGUCUGGAAGAUAACUGGCCCUGCAGCAACAGUAACCUCGGCUACCUGAUCUUUGGUAGAGUCGAGGGUGAUGACAGAAUUUAUAAACCUAUUACCACUACAGGCAACCUCUUAUCAGGCGUACGGCAACUUGGCUACGUCUUCUGGGACUCCGACAGGAUACGGUCUCCGCUGGUUUAUUAUAAACUUGAAGACGCAAGACUGAAGCUCUGGCAGGAUAUAACAUUCGAGUUUGAUCCUGGGGCUAAAAGGGGAGCUGAGGAACUUCUCGCGUACGUCAAGGUUCGGCGAGAUCAAAUGCAAAAGCUGGAAACGGAUUUUGGAUAUAUCUCCUGA